UACCACCAGACGUUCCCUUCUGCCUACUCUCUGUCGGUCGGUAUCUUGAGUCAAUCGGUCUUCUUGUCGUUGUUAGUUUUUGGUCCGGCCGACGGGCUUUUAACACGUUAAAAAAUGGCACUCUUAUCCUUACGUUUGGCCUCGGCCUUGGUCAGACACCUAUCAAAUACCACAGCACAGGUUAACUGGCCUGCAACUGUUAUAGCUUCUCGCAAGUAUCAUGUCUCCUGCAGCCGCCGUUCCGCAGAAAUUUCUGCUAUUCUGGAAGAACGUAUCCUUGGAUCAGCACCAAAGGCUAAUCUUGAAGAGACCGGCAGAGUACUCAGCAUUGGAGAUGGUAUUGCACGCGUGUACGGGCUGAAAAACAUUCAAGCCGAUGAGAUGGUGGAAUUCAGCUCAGGCUUGAAGGGUAUGGCAUUGAAUUUAGAACCUGACAAUGUAGGUGUUGUCGUAUUCGGUAAUGACAGACACAUUAAGGAGGGUGAUAUUGUCAAACGUACUGGUGCCAUUGUGGAUGUCCCUGUUGGCGAAGAACUAUUGGGUCGUGUUGUUGAUGCCUUGGGUAAUCCUAUUGAUGGCAAGGGACCGUUGAACAGCAAAUUGAGGUUCCGUAUUGGAACGAAAGCUCCUGGUAUUAUUCCCAGAGUAUCAGUCAGAGAGCCUAUGCAAACUGGAAUCAAAGCUGUGGAUUCUUUGGUGCCUAUUGGUCGUGGUCAACGUGAGUUGAUCAUUGGAGACAGGCAGACCGGAAAAACUGCGCUUGCCAUUGAUACUAUCAUCAACCAGAAACGUUUCAACGAUGCCGGAGAAGAGAAAAAGAAGUUAUACUGCAUUUACGUUGCUAUUGGUCAGAAGAGAUCUACUGUUGCGCAAAUUGUAAAACGUUUGACAGAUAGCGGUGCUAUCAAUUAUACUAUCAUUGUAUCUGCCACCGCCUCUGAUGCAGCUCCGCUUCAGUACUUGGCCCCGUACUCUGGAUGCGCCAUGGGAGAAUUUUUCAGAGACAAUGGAAAACAUGCUUUAAUCAUUUACGACGAUUUAUCUAAACAAGCUGUUGCCUAUCGGCAAAUGUCUUUGUUGCUGAGAAGACCACCGGGUCGUGAGGCUUAUCCUGGCGAUGUAUUUUACCUCCAUUCUCGUCUGCUCGAGAGAGCGGCCAAGAUGAACGAAAGUUUGGGUGGUGGAUCGUUGACUGCUUUGCCUGUCAUUGAGACACAAGCCGGUGAUGUGUCUGCAUAUAUUCCAACGAAUGUGAUUUCUAUUACCGAUGGUCAAAUCUUCUUGGAAACUGAAUUGUUCUAUAAGGGUAUCCGACCUGCUAUCAACGUAGGUUUAUCCGUAUCGCGUGUCGGAUCUGCUGCUCAAACCAAGGCCAUGAAGCAGGUUGCCGGUUCUAUGAAAUUGGAAUUGGCUCAAUAUCGUGAAGUAGCGGCAUUCGCUCAAUUCGGUUCAGAUCUGGACGCUGCAACCCAACAGUUGUUAAACCGUGGCGUGAGGUUAACGGAGCUUCUCAAACAGGGACAAUACGUACCUAUGGCUAUUGAGGAACAGGUAGCCGUCAUAUAUUGUGGUGUACGUGGUUAUCUUGACAAGAUGGAUCCUACAAAAAUUACUGCCUUUGAGAAAGAAUUCCUUGCACACAUUAAGUCUACUCAACAAGAUCUUCUGGCCACUAUUGCGAAAGAAAACAUAAUCAGUGAAGCAUCAGAUGCAAAACUGAAAAAAAUAGUUACUGAUUUCCUCUCAUCUUUCUCAGCGUAAAGCGCAACCAUCAAACGUCAUUCUAAUACGAGUCAACAUAGAUAAUUAAAGAGAAUGUAAGAUGUUCUGUUGCUGACAAACGUUAAUGCACCGAUAUUAUGCAUUAUUAUUUAAUGUUACAUAUUUUAAUGUAAUUACAUAUAAUUAUGUAUAAUAUCUAUACAUUAAUUUAUGUUAUCGCAGAAACUACACGUAUGACCUAUAAAUAAUAGUCAUAUGUAAUAUGUUGAUACGAAAAUAUCGAUCUUUAAUAAAAGUAAAAAUAUUAA